AUCUUCAUCGCCGAUUGCCGUUUCGAUCACACCUACACAGCGUGGUCGAAGCCCUCCAUUGCGGAUAAAUCUCACACUAACCGCGUCGAUAGCAGUGGAUGCGUAGUUACGAAUCUUCGCAAGGUUCAUGGUGUCGCUCCACCAUGACUUCGUCUGUUGCUGAUCAGGCCUUGAUAACUGUGCCGCUUUCAGUUCGGAGCUAGUUGCUCCGGAUUGGGUUCAUAAUUACACGAUUGAGUUUUAACCGACGAAUCUCUUGUAUUCGACAGCCGGUAGAAAGUACUCGUGGUUGUUGUUUUGAAUGUGUGUUUGAACAAGCUUUGAAGAAGAUUUCCGGUGUAGAAUUGAACAUUAUGCGUGCAGAGAAUGGUCACACGGCUGGUGCAGUUGAGCGUAGAGACGGUCCAAAUUGCAGUCCUCAUGGUCCAGAGCCAUCGAUUUCCGUGAAGGUGGGAACGAUGCUAGUAUUAGCGCUGCGUGAUGUCCAGUCAUUGAAGUUGAAGAUUGAACUGCGAGGAUUGGCCAAGUCUGUCACAAUUCAAAAUUUAGUUUGUGCGCCGUUCUUACUGGUGUUCAUACUCACUGCGGUCGAAAGCGAUCAACUCUGGCACACGAGGUCGCUUCAAACAUUCCUGUGGGAGCGUCUGUGGUGUUGUAGCUUGUUCAAGGUUUUAGUUUACUUUGGAGGUAUAGUCUUGGCUACGACCUUGUACUUUCUCUACCAUCCUCGUCGCGUCUAUAUGCUGGACUUUGCAUGCCACAAGCCGCAUGAGAAAAACGCCAUCAGCAAGCAAGGACUUCUGAAUUAUGCCGGUUCCAGUGGUUUGCUUAGUGACAAGAGUUUGGACUUCAUGAGAAAGAUACUAGAGCGAUCGGGUCUGGGAGAUUCAACCUACGUGCCGGCAGCGAUCACGAGCACACCGGCUGACCGCUCAAUGGUGGCAGCUCGAGAGGAAGCUGCGACCAACAUGUUUUGCUCUCUCGACGAGCUAUUUGCAAAAACUGGCGUGAAUUCCAAAGACGUCAAGAUUUUGGUAGUCAAUAGCAGCGUGUUUUGUCCAACUCCAUCCCUUUCUGCUAUGGUCGUGAACCGGUAUAAGAUGCGCAGCGACAUCAAGAGCAUCAACGUCUCAGGCAUGGGUUGCAGUGCAGGUCUGAUAGCCAUUGACCUGGCCAAGGAUCUUCUCCACGGCUGCUACCGAAACUCUUACGCUAUCGUUUGCAGCCAAGAGAUUUUGUGUAGAAAUUCCUACUGUGGGAACGACCGGGCGAAACUGGUGUCGAAUUGCUUGUUUCGCAUGGGGGGGGCUGCCGUGUUAUUGUCGAACAGGAGCCGCGACCGGUGGCGAGCCAAGUACGAGCUCAUGCACACCGUGCGAACCCACACUGGUCCUAAUGACAAAUGCUACCAAUGUGUUGUUGAGGAAGAAGACGAAGAGGGCAGAAUUGGAGUUACAUUGUCAAAAGAUCUUAUGAGCGUUGCUGGAGAGGCUCUGAAAAUCAAUAUUUCAACACUCGGACCGUUGGUGCUUCCAUGGAUGGAGCAGCUGCAAUUCAUCAUCUCGAUGGUAGGUCGCAAGGUCUUCAAGACGAAUACUAAGCCCUACAUUCCAGAUUUCAAGACUGCCUUCGAGCACUUCUGUAUCCAUGCAGGGGGAAGAGCUGUUCUUGAUGAAGUCGAGAAGAAUUUGCACCUAACGGAGUGGCAUAUGGAGCCAUCACGAAUGACACUUUACAGGUUUGGUAAUACUUCAAGCAGCUCGUUGUGGUACGAAUUAGCCUACUGUGAGGCAAAAGGUCGCGUGAAGAAAGGCGACCGAAUUUGGCAGAUUGCAUUCGGCUCAGGAUUCAAAUGCAACAGCGCUGUGUGGAGAGCUCUGCGAACCAUUGCGCCGCCGGCUCUAAAUCCUUGGGAUGGUAUCAUUGAUCAGUAUCCUGUGAAGGGGGUCAGUGUGCCAUGCGAAUUGGUAUUUCCACUUCAAUCAGCCGCUUCCGCUGGAACUUCCGAGAGGCAGUCAGUUGGGAGAGACCUGAGUAAUCCGUAGGCGCUGCUUCAACAUCGAAAUGAUUGGUGUUGAAAAUUCCU